GGAGACUCACCUUAUUCUAAAUAUAUUAUGUAGAAGCAGUAAGAUGAUACACAGACAACUAGAGGACAAAAAGGAUGUUGUGUAGGGGUCACAAAAAGGGCGGCGACUAGGGCAACUUGGGCUCUCUCCUUCCCCAGCUGCCAUUCCUUGGUCGCCCCUUCUUAGUCCAUCCUCCGAAGAUUUGGCCUUGCGUUCGCCUUUACCUGAAGGGCGUCGAGAUUGGUGGGGUCGUCUUCUGUUUGAGGCAGUGGAGGAAGCACAAUCCUUGAACUGAACAACCAAUCAUAACAGGUUAUGUCAUCAUGAGUUCAUUGUCUGGCUGGAUAGCUGGAACUAAAUUGCUCAGAAUAAAUUUCAAGUCAACUGGACAAUAUUUCCGCUUCUUCUCUACUGGGCAUGCACGUUCUUCGCCAUCUCUGAAUGUAAAUCGCCAAGAAUUGAUCGAGGAAAAAGGAGAUGCUUUAUAUGAUGUUAGGAAAGGGAAUCAUGUUGGUCCCUACCUGAGUUUAAGUGACUGUCAAUCUCAAAUAAGUGAUCCUCUUGUUAAUGGAUACCAAGGUUAUUCACUUGAGAAAGAAGCGGAGACAUAUUUUGCUUCCUGUGGAUUAAAGAAUGCUCUAUAUUUAUUGAAUGCAAAGGAUUUAAAAGAGGAUCUCUUUGGAAUCCUAGUUCCUUGUCCUUUUCAGGAACCUACUGUAGCUAGUCCUAUCGCGGAUUUGCCUGAAAAGAUUAGUGUUACCACAGAUGAACCAGUGAAGAAACAUCUCAAAUUGGAGUAUUCCAGCCAACAAAAACAACCAUCUGAUAAUUCUAUGUCAUGUACUCUUGAAUUUGAUGGGGCUCCAGCAGGAAAAGCUAGUAAAGGUGGUGCUGGUGUAAUCCUUCGAACUGAAGAUGGAAGUGUGAUUUCUCGACUCCGUGAAGGCUUGGGUGCUGUGACCAAUGACACUGCUGACUACAGGGCAUUAAUUUUAGGCCUGAGGCAUGCUCUUAAAAAAGGAUUUAAGCAAAUUCAUGUUCUAGGUGACUCUCAGCUUGUCUGUAUGCAGGUGCAAGGUUUGUCUAAAGCCAAGAACAAGAAUCUUGUUGACUUGUGUGAGGAAGCCAAAGCACUCAAGGAGAUGUUUGUAUCAUUUAGUAUAAGCCACAUUAAAAAGGCAAUGAAUUCUGAUGCUGGUUCCCAGGCAGCUUUAGCUAUAGAUCUUCCAGUUGGUGAAGUCCAUGAGGAGUCUAGUGAGACUUGCUAAUCAUGAUGCUGAGGACAGUUGUUUCUUCGAGUGCUCCCUUCAGUGAAUGUAGAAAAACUUCACAGCUACACAUUCUUGCUUGAUAUGCUGUUCAUUAGUCACUCGAUUUUGUUUAUGUGCAAUAUUGUAGAGAUGCGUGAAUACUCACUUUUUUUUAUUGCUAGAUGAUGUGUCGUAGAAUGAGAAAAAGAAGUGAAACGUUCUACUUUCAACUGUUGAAGAUGAAGAUGGGAUAAUUAUGCUGCUGCUGUGGCUGCCUUCGGUUUAGUCACACUCUUCUCUUCUCUUUCUCUUUGAGUAUUAAUGUAAUUUGGCCUAUGGGUUGGUCCGCCGAGAAGGUAAACUACUAUUCUCUUUCUCUUCUCUUUCCUUCUUCCUCGUGCUUUUAUGGAGGGUCUUAAUCUUUCUAUCAGGUGGACUUCACCACUUUAACAUUACUGCCUCACUAUUUGGAUGCUGUUAGUUCUGAAAGUUUGAGGUAAAAUGGAAAUACACUAAUUUUGUGCCCUUACACUCA